UGGGCUUCGAUUCCCUGUCCCGUCUCUGCUCAAGGAAUUUCUGCACUUCACCCAGAUUCCUCCAGUGUACGUACAUCCCAACAUGAUCCGGGUGCUGAUGGGGUGCAGCAUCCUGAGCAUGUUGUUUAAUUUGGACCUCUCAUUACUGGAGGUUCUUUUCGUUUACUCGAUCAAGAAGGUGAAGAGUAACAUCUUCAGCUUCGUCGCCAGCCUUCCAUCCCUGCAACUGGUGACAAACCUACCGGAUUCGAAUAAAAAGGCCGCCAAGGGGCAGGUGCUGGUCAAGGGCGUAUGGGCAGGUUUGUCUGAGCAUCCGGAUAGGCCCUUUGUUCCCAAUCAGUCACUGGAGAUUCCAGACCAGGAUAAGAGGGGAAAACUGGUGGAGUGGGUGGAGAAGGCUUCGUUCGACCGUUUGAACAAGCUCUUCGAGAUAACUUCGGCCGAGCGGAGAUGCGAACUGCUUCUUUCUGCGCAGAACCUCCGCUUGGUCGUCCAGCAGCCUCAGGCAUACGUGCUGAACAUACUUCCCAGGCGGCUGCCUGAAGAAGUGGUAGUCGGGGAGCACUUUAUUCUUGAAGACCUUCCUUUCUAUGAGGGGGUGCGGAAGGCAGAUGCCCGGACACGCAAGGCCCUUCUCAACAAUCGGGAGAAGAAAAGACAAGAAGGGCUUCUGCGGAAGGCUCCGGGUGGGAAACGGACUGCGUCCUCUCCACCUGCUGGUGCUCCAGCAAAAAAGAAGAAGAAGCUGAGUAAGAAAAGUAAGGGGCCCUCGGUGGCACCAGACGUUCGGAUGGCUCUUCUGGCCGAGGAAGCAGCUUCAAUAAAUCAACCCGGCUCAGCUCACCCGGAUGAGGUUGCCGACUUGCCUCCUGUUACACCCCCAACAGGAGAGAUGGGGGCAGAUAGCCAGGAGUUGCCUGUACAUGAGCCAAGCCCUCGUCCUCUUGUGCCUGUGAAGGGGCCAACUAGAAGAAGGUUGCGUCUGGUACGCGACUUGAAGUCUGGCCUCGCUGGGCGGCUUCAGGGCCGGUUCACAGAAGGCAUCGAAGUCAGCUGUUCAUCCGUCCCGGAGGGUCAUCCGGAAGGCGAUGCAGUGGAGAUGACGGAAGAGAGCCCGGCCGUCCCAGCGCUGGUGCCGGCUGAGGUUCCAAUUCUGGCUCCGGCUGAGGUUCCAAUGCUGGCGUCGGCUGAGGUUCCACCCAGAGAGGCUCAGCCGGUUGAGAAUGUUGAAGGUGUGGUUCCGGAGGGGGAAUCACUCUCCAAUGCCUCUUUGGGAGAGGGUCCUUUUGAUGAUGCCACUUUCAUCCCUGCUAGCCCUUUUAGUUAUGCGGAGAUGGAAGAGAAGCUAAAACAGAUUCCCUCUGUUGCAGACGCUGGGAUACCUUCAGCCCUGAUGUUCGAGACAGUAGAGACGCUGGUGAGUGGCCUUCGCGGUAUGGCUCUUCAACGCAAUCUUCUUUCUGACCUGCUGGAGACUGCUGAGUAUACAAAAUCUUUUGUGUCUCAGCGAAAAAAUGAUGAAGAGAAGUUGCGCUUGAGAGUGGAGCAGGCUGAAGCCAGUUCAUCUACUGCUCGAGAGGAGAACAAGGUUCUUCGAGAGGAGAACGAAGUUCUUCGAGAGGAGAACAAGGUUCUUCGAGAGGAGGUUGCUGAGGCAAAGAGCCGGGAGGAUUCUAUGGAAGUUCGCCUGCUUGAGGCGGAGGAUGAGAUGGCUCUUUUGAGGAGGGAGGUGAGGCACCUCCGGACAGAGGUGUCUAUUGAGAGACGGCAGAGAGAAGAGUUGCAGUUGCGUUUGUCAACGCAAAAGGAAGAGCUGGAGGGUGAGUUUGCUGCGGAGAGGGGGGAACUUGAAGCGGAGUACCAGAAGUAA